GGCGAUGUAAGCAGGGUCACAGAUAGAACAGUGAUCUUUGGCUAAACUAAAGGCUAAAGCUAGCAAGUAACACACGAGUAAAGUGGGUUUCACCGUCCUAAUGAGGAGUAAUAAGAUGCAUACCUAUCAAUAACAUAGUGGUGGAGCGGCAUAUUUAUCUAUGUGAGUUGUGAUUAUGUAGAUAGCGAUGAAUGAAACAGGAUUUGAAUCACGACUGUCGCUGGACAUAUGAUGGCGACGGAGCUGAGACGCUUUUGGAAGCUGUUUGGGUCACUGAGACGUAUUUUCACCUUCUCACUUCUAUUUUUGUUUGUGCAUUGUCAUACGUGUAAACAUCAAGUCCCAUCUCUGUCGGAGGUUGUCCAUAAAGUAUAUCUGAAGUCGGAAAGAUUAACCAAAAGAAGCUCUGAUCAACAAUUAAAUAUAAAAAUAAUUUAUGAUUCAAGUGUGGACAAGUUAACCUCAGAUAAAAGAAGACUUGUGAAGGAUAAACUUUUUCCACAAGCAAUUGAUUAUUUACAGAAGGUUUUUCAGGUUCGCCGGAAAUCAGGGCCUAUACUACUCAGCAGACAAUGUGUGACCAAUCAGUAUCUGAGGAAGAAAGAUGACCCUCACCGCUACUGCCAGGGAUCAUGUGCAGACAUCACAAAGUGUGGACCCGUCAUUGUUCCUGAGCAUCAUCUGCAGCAAUGCAAGGUGUGCAGCGAGACCGGGAGGUCGUGUGGCUCGGCAGGAGCUCCGGACGGGAAGGGGGUGGAAGGGGCUGAUUUUGUCCUCUACGUCAGCGGGGUGACUACAGAACGCUGUGGACAGGAGAACAUUGUGGCCUAUGCUGCAUACUGUCAGCUGGAGUCUGAGCUGGAUAGGCCCAUUGCUGGAUAUGCCAACCUGUGCCCCAACAUGAUAUCCACCCAACCUCAGGAGUUUGAGAGCAUGCUGUCAACCGUCAAACAUGAAAUCAUACAUGCCUUGGGUUUUUCAGCAGGGCUGUUUGCGUUUUAUCAUGAUUAUAAUGGCAAGCCAUUGACACCUCGGUUUGCAAGUGGACUACCAGCAUUCAACGAGAGUUUAGGCCUGUAUCAAUGGAGUGAUGCAGUGAUACGUAGAGUGACUCGAUUAUGGGACAUCCGUGGUGGAGUGAUGGUCCGUCAUGAAGUGCAUCUUCUAGUGACGCCGCGUGUUGUGGAGGAAGCGAGGAGACACUUUGGCUGUCCCAUUCUGGAGGGUAUGGAGCUGGAGAACCAGGGAGGGAUGGGUACUGAGCUGAACCACUGGGAGAAGAGGCUACUAGAGAACGAAGCAAUGACUGGAUCGCACACACAAAACAGAGUGUUUUCUAGGAUCACCUUGGCCAUCAUGGAAGACACAGGUUGGUACAGAGCCAACUACAGCAUGGCAGAGAGGCUGGACUGGGGCAAGGGCCUGGGCUGUGACUUUGUGAUGAAAAGCUGUAAGUUCUGGAUUGAAAGGCAACGUCAGAGUCGUAAAGUGGUGACCCCUUACUGUGACACGGUACGUGCCACACCCCUCCAGCUAACCUGCAGGCAGGACCAGCUGGCUGUGGCUGUCUGCAACCUGCAGAAGUACCCUCAGGACAUACCUCUGGACUACCAGUACUUUGACCAUAUCCCUGAUGUCUCUGUGAGGGACAUUGCCUCCUACGGUGGAGCUGUGGAGAUCGCUGACUACUGUCCCUUCAGCCAGGAAUUCAGCUGGCACCUGAGUGGAGAGUACCAACGCAACUCCUACUGCAGGGUCCAGGAGAACCAACCCGAUUGGUGGAGGAACUAUGGCGCUGAGCAGUAUGGUCCAGACUCUGUGUGUUUGUACCAGAAGACAUCCUUCAUCAUGGAGCAGUGUACCAGGCGCAUGACCUACCCUGACUGGGGAAGUGGCUGUUAUAAGAUGUCUUGUUCGACCCAGGGUCUGACAGUAUGGGUGCAGGAUACUGAGUUUCAGUGUGUGCAUACCGGUCAGCUGCUGAGAGUUAGUGUGCGUGUUAAUGACUGGGUCUACAACGGGGUUCUCGUCUGUCCUGCCUGCUCAGACUUCUGUAGCGCCUGUCCUCUACCACAACAGCUGCCUCCCCUCAAUAGUACCAGGAGAGUUCCUAUUGACCCGUGCUCCAGUUCCUCCAGCUUAGUGGUAACUCUGUGGCUUCUAUUGUUAAACCUCAUCCCUCUACUAGCUGGAUUUAUCCUGUGUGUGCGGAACUGACUCACUGACUGUGACUGACUAACUGACUGGUUGGGUGACUGACUUACUGACUGCAAGGUUCUGUGCCUGGGGCAGUGGACCAGAUGACACCCUAUUCCCUACAUAGUGCACUACUUUUGAUGGGCUGGGCGGGUGGCUGGACGGGCGGGCG